UAUAUCAUCUACAGUUGCCUAUAAAAGCUCUUGCUCGAUUCCCCACUCGGUUUACUUGACCAGCAGUCGUCGCAGUUGAACAUUAUGCGCGCUCCCGAGUGGAUGAGUUCUGAAAUGGCCCGCCUCACAUCCAAGCUAGAGCGCUACAAACCAACUGGCAGUGGAUACAACCGUAUACAGUCGAUUCGCCUAUCCAAGAGCGUUACUCAAAUGCUGAACAAUCCGAUGCCACCGACAGCGACCGCUGCAACCGAUAGGACGCAGCAGGAGAGCUCCUUUACAACUCCGCGACGGCGUGGAGUCUUAAGUCGCAGCGAAUCGGAAUGGGAGGAAGUGUAUCGCCUGAAGUUCAGCCGCCAGGAGAGUAGGGAAAGUGCCACAAGUGAGGACAGCGAGCUGCGGUUCACACAUUAUAGAAAUUGUGCCACGCGAAUUCCCUAAUCGGGGAUACUAAUUCGAUCUAUGUACUUUGCAAUAUUUGUAAACUUUUAUCUGUGUUAAAAAUAAAAUAAACAAGAAAUACCCCUCGAA